AUGGACUGGGAUGCAGGUCGCGUGUCGUCUGUCGGUAUGGAGAGCGCACAGACAUCCGACGCUCGUCAGACCGCUAGUCCUGCGUCUCUACAGCGUCGUCUGCUCGCAUUUCUGCGUGGAUUCCGGGUCGGACCAGUGUUCUAUUACCGUGAACAGCUCCUGGCCAAUGCGCGACGUCACCAUUGGUUUGUAAUCGUCAACGUCUCGCACGUGGCGGUCUUUGACCAGGAGCUACAAGAUCUUCUUUUGAAGAGCCCAAAGGAACAACUGCCUCUUUUAGAAAAUGCGGCAAAACAGAUGUUGACGCAGCUGCUCGUGUCAGCCCAAGAGUCGUCAGUUGCCGCAAUCGAUGAUUCGUCAUCCGAUCUUAGUGCAACAAUAAAAGGACAUGUACCUGAUAUCCAAGCAAUUUUAACCAGUGAUCAAGCUCCAGUGCCUCUGCGACACGUCCAUGCACAGGAAAUCAAUCGAUUGGUGAAAAUUCCUGGAAUCGUCAUCAGUGCCACGCGCGUGCGCACCAAGUGUGUCUCGGCAACUUUAAAAUGUCGCAAUUGUGGCCAUACCAAACGUGUUGCCGUUUCGGGGAUGGGUGGGGUUAGUAUCCCUCGCAUUUGUGACCGUAACAGAGACCAAGACAAUACCGUCGCUUCUAGUAGUGACAUGUGUCCCAAAGACUCGUAUACGGUCUUGCCGGAUAAAAGUGAUUACGUCGACCAACAAACACUUAAGUUGCAGGAAAACCCAGAAGUAGUACCGACUGGUGAAAUGCCACGCAACUUAGCGCUGAUUGCUGAUCGUCAUUUGGUGGAUAAAGCAUCUCCUGGUACUCGAGUCUCCGUUGUAGGAAUUACGUCAGUCAUUAAUUCAGGAGGGAAAACGGUCGGAGCUGUAGCCAUUCGUACGCUUUAUUUACGAGUGGUGGGUAUUGAAAUUGAUGAAGAAGGUGCAGGACGAGCCAAAGCGACAUUUUCACCUAUAGAAGAAGAGAAAUUUCAUGAAAUGGCACGUGAUCCCAAUCUUUACGAGAAAUUGGCUGCAAGUAUUGCUCCAUCAAUUUAUGGAGAUUAUACGGUGAAUAUGAAGAAAGCUAUCGUGUGUUUAUUAGUCGGUGGCUCGAGAAAACGACUACCCGAUGGAAUGAUUUUAAGAGGUGAUAUCAAUGUAUUGCUGCUUGGAGAUCCUAGUACAGCAAAAUCACAAUUUUUGAAAUUUACAGAGAAAAUUGCACCCGUUGGCGUGUAUACGUCCGGUAAAGGUAGUAGUGCUGCUGGUCUCACGGCGUCUGUGAUUCGAGACUCAAAAGGAGAGUUUUAUUUGGAAGGAGGAGCAAUGGUAUUGGCGGAUGGAGGAGUCGUUUGUAUCGACGAGUUUGAUAAAAUGCGUGAAUCAGAUCGUGUUGCUAUUCACGAAGCUAUGGAGCAGCAGACGAUUUCCAUUGCAAAGGCUGGUAUUACUACUAUUUUAAACUCACGUGCAAGUGUAUUGGCUGCUGCAAACCCCGUGUUUGGUCGUUACGACGACAUGCGCUCUGCUUCUGAAAAUAUUGAUCUCAUGAGCACAAUUUUAAGUCGAUUUGACAUGAUUUUUAUUGUGCGCGAUAUCCAGGACGACGCGAGAGAUAGACAAAUGGCUGCACACGUGGUGCGGAUGCAUACCAACGCACUCGUAUCGGCGGCUGGAGAUACCUCGACCGGCGAGAAUGCCACCAGUGGCGGCGAAUUUGAGCCGUGGUUGCUCAAGAAAUUCAUCACGUAUUGUCGUACCCGUUGCGCUCCACGACUGUCGGUUGGAGCAGCGCAAGCUCUUCAAGAUUUUUAUGUUGGAGUACGCGACGAUGUGCGUCGCAUGCAGGGCGGCGAAACGACUAUCCCCGUUACUGUGCGUCAGCUCGAAGCUCUCGUACGUAUCUCGGAAUCGCUGGCAAAGAUGCACUUACUUAGCGAAGCCACGCGUGAGCAUGUGCAGGAGGCUAUUCGAUUGUUCAGCGUGAGUACAAUGAAUGCAGCUAAGGACGGCGGCACACAAGGACUCUUUGGUGGUUUGCACGAAAAGGCCGAGGAGGUGGAGCAAAGUAUAAAUCGCACUCUACGUAUUGGUACGCGCGUCGAGACCAGCGCUUUAUACAGCCGUCUUGAGGCACAGGGCUACAACCCCAACGCUAUCCAACGUGCGAUCCGAGCUAUGGUGCAGAAGGGGUCACUUCGACAGCUCAGCCAGUACAAGUUUGUAUCUCGCGUCAAGUAA